CCAGGCAAAUUAAAACCGGGGGUGGGGGAUGUUCAAACGGCUGGCGCUAAAACAAGCUCGACGGCGAUAUGAAUAGAGGGACAAGGACUCUGAUGUAACUAAUAUUCUCCGUUCAGUCGUUAGUCAGACAGGCGAACUAUCAACCAAGUGACCGAUGGAAGUCGACUUGCACAGACGGCACAGAAACAUUUACAACGCGCUAAGCUAUUCUGUUCAUGCUUUCGGUGCUUUGCACUUCGUUUACGCUUGCUACUACGACUGGCGUUAUGUCAUAGUUCCAAAGGAAGUUUCUCCUCUUCAUAACGGUUACGGAUAUAAAUUUAAAUUUCUUACAUUUUGGGAUGCGAACUCAAGGGCGAGCUAGGCUUAUAUUCAAGACAAUUGAGCGGUUUCUUGUCCAAAACGUCGUACGAUGGAGAUAUUUAUUACAAAUUUCUGGUGAGAAAUGGAAGUCGAAUUAUUCAGACGCUACAGUAAUGCUUGCAGUACGCUAAGCUGUUCGGUUCAUGCUUUAGGUGCUUUGCACUUCGCUUACGCCUGCUACUACGACUGGACGUAUGUUGUAGUUCCAAAAGAAGUGUUGCCCCUUUACGGAACUUAUGGAUAUAAAUUAAAAUUUCUAACAUUUUGGGAUGCGGUAACACAAGCCUGCUACUUUUCCCUGUGUGUAUUCAUAGACAUUUGGGGGUCGAAAAAUGACCAAAACGAACGGAAUGUCCUCGUCAGGAUCAAGGACUAUGUGGAAGCAUCGAUCGCAUUCCCCAUUGCAAUGUUUGUCGGCGUCACAUUCUGGGGGCUAAUGGCAGUAGACCGUGAGCUGGUUUUGCCGGCUGCGUUGGAUCCUUAUUUCCCGUCAUGGCUCAAUCACAUGAUGCACACGAAUAUUUUGAUAUUUCAGUUCCUUGAGAUCAUCACGUCGACCAGAGUCUAUCCUCAGAGAAAGCACGCCCUUGUAGGGUUAAUGACAUUCCAGACGACAUAUCUCAUAUGGAUGCACAUUGUCCAUUAUAAAAGUGGUGUUUGGGCUUACCCUAUUUUCGAGAAACUUAACGUACCCCUUAGGAUAGGGUUUUUCGUCGGUUGUUUCACACUCGGUGGACUUAUGUACUUUCUGGGAGAGAAACUACAUUAUCUCCUUUGGCAAAAAGGUGCCAACGAGCGGAUGCCACAUCCGAAUGUUAAAUAUGACCCAAACGCUGUCUCGCAAUAAUAUUUUUAUUUAGUCGACGAAGACGUACGAGAACAUCAGUACAGAGACUGAAGAAAAGUGAAGUACAAUUGUGUGUUUAUGAUCCGCAUGAAAAUGCUUCGUUAUUACAGUGAUUUUUCUUGAGAACACAACAAAUAAAACUAUUUACAACAAAA